CCUGCGUCCGAAAGAAGCCCUAGGACGCAAAGAACUCAGCUUCAAGCGUAUAGCCAGUUCGGUCACCGAAUCGAAGAAAGCUCGUUCCAGGGCGACGCCGUAGCCGGCGAAACCAGCGGAGAUGACGGACUACGACGGAAGAUACGAAGGGAACGGAGACGACCUCGACGGCUACCGCGGCGGUUCUCCUCCUCCCCGCGGCCCCGACGAUCGUGGCGACUCCAAAUCUCAGCGCGGCUCACAAGAUUAUGAAAGGGAGAUCUCAAAGAGCGGUGACAAAGAGAGGGAUAGAGGUCGUGAUAAGGAGAGGGAUAGGGACAGAGAGAGGGACCGGGACCGUGAUCGUGAGAAGGACAGAGGGAAGAGUCGUGACAGAGACAGAGAUAAGGAAAAGAGCAGGGAUCGCGAUCGAGAAAAGGACCGUGAUCGCCACAGGGAUCGCCACAGGGAUCGCGGUGAGAGAAGGGAGCGGGGACGAGAGAGAGAUGACGAUGAUGAUUUUCCCCGCGGUCGAGAUUUUGAUAAUAGGCACAGAGAUUUUGACAGAGAUCGAGAAGACAGGCACCGGCGUCAAUCUCGAUCACGGGGCAGGUCAGAGCACAAGUCAAGGUCACGAUCCCGCUCCCGCUCGAAGAGCAAAAGGAUUAGUGGUUUUGAUAUGGCGCCCCCUCCUUCAGCAAUGUUAGGCGCUGCUGCCGCCGUCGCUGUCACUGCAGGUCAAAUUCCUGGGACAGCUCCAACCAUUCCAGGGAUGUUUCCAAACAUGUUCCCUUUAGGAGCUGGACAGCCGUUUGGCACUCUUCCUGUUAUGCCAGUCCAAGCAAUGACUCAGCAGGCUACUAGACAUGCUAGACGGGUAUAUGUGGGAGGUCUGCCACCUACAGCAAAUGAGCAGUCGGUUGCGACCUUUUUUAGCCAGGUUAUGGCUGCUAUUGGAGGAAAUACUGCAGGUCCAGGGGAUGCUGUUGUCAAUGUUUACAUAAACCAUGAAAAGAAGUUUGCUUUUGUGGAAAUGAGAUCUGUUGAGGAGGCAAGCAAUGCGAUGGCCUUAGAUGGCAUUAUCUUUGAGGGAGCGCCUGUGAAGGUCAGGAGGCCCAGUGAUUACAACCCCUCCCUUGCAGCAACUCUUGGUCCUAGCCAACCUAAUCCUAAUCUAAAUCUUGGUGCGGUUGGGUUAACCCCGGGUUCUGCUGGCGGGCUUGAAGGUCCUGACCGCAUUUUUGUGGGUGGAUUACCAUAUUACUUUACAGAAGUGCAAGUGAGGGAGCUGCUGGAAUCUUUUGGUCCUCUUAGGGGUUUUGAUCUAGUGAAAGACAGGGAGACUGGAAAUUCCAAAGGCUAUGCUUUUUGCGUUUAUCAAGAUCUCUCAGUCACGGAUAUAGCUUGUGCAGCUCUCAAUGGCAUUAAAAUGGGCGACAAGACUCUCACUGUUAGGCGUGCUAACCAGGGUGCAAACCAACCAAAACCUGAACAAGAGAGUGUUUUGUUGCAUGCACAGCAGCAGAUAGCUCUGCAGAAGCUUAUGUAUCAACCUGGUGCACUUGCUACAAAAGUGGUAUGUCUAACACAAGUAGUUGCUGAGGAUGAGCUUAAAGAUGAUGGGGAGUAUGAAGAUAUAUUGGAGGAUAUGAGACAAGAAGGCGGAAAAUUUGGUAAUUUGGUGAAUGUGGCCAUACCUCGUCCCAGACCAGAUGGAGAACCUUCCGCAGGUGUUGGAAAGGUGUUUUUAGAGUACGCAGAUGUUGAAGGUGCUGCCAAGGCCCGCACAGGCCUGAAUGGAAGAAAAUUUGGAGGAAAUAUUGUUCAAGCCGUCUUCUACCCGGAAAACAAGUUUGCACAGGGCGAUUAUGAAGGCUAGCUCUGGCCGGCUGCGUCUAUGUUUCUGUAUCUUAGAUAAUUAGGUGUCUGGUAGGAGUUCUUUCCAUGCCAUGAUGUCUUGAAUUAAUGCAAGCUAAUAGUUGUUCCAAUUAGGAGUCGAGAGAUGGUGUGUUACGUUAUCGCUGGCUACACCCAGUCUGAUUGGUGUAACCCUCCUUAAACAAAAUAUAAUUGCUGCAGUUGCAUAUUGAAACUUGGUAUUGAAA